AUGCCACAUAACGAUCCUCUCCUCGUCGACCUUGACAUCGGUGAAUGCCUAGUCGCAAAAGUCCUUAUUGAUACCGGCAGCUCAGUCGACCUCAUCUUUCGCGACACACUCGACAAAAUGGGAGUUGAUUUAAGGGAUAUGAAGCUUUCCUCUCACACGCUCACCGGCUUCAACGGAGCCUCGGAGCAAAUGAUCGGGACAAUUCGUCUUCCAGUAUACGCAGGUGGUAUAACCCGCACCGUCAAGUUCUCCGUCAUCCGUGCCAAAGCACCUUAUAAUGCCAUACUCGGAACACCAUGGCUGCAUUCCAUGAAAGCCGUUCCUUCGACUUAUCAUCAAUGCGUCAUGUUUCCCAGAAAAGACGGCAAAACACAGACGAUUCGGGGAGAUCAACAAGCUGCGAGAGAACUACUGAUCGCAACUGUAAAGAUGAAGCAACAGGCUUCCCUUGUCAACUCCGUCAGUAAACCACUCCACAAGAUAUACCCCCAAAUGGAGGAAGUUCGCGAAGUCACAAUCGAUGAGUCCGACCCGACGAAAAUCAUCCGACUUGGCGUCUACCUAUCCGACGUCAUAUGUUCAAGGAUCAUCUCUUUCAUCAAAGACAACGCCUCGACGUUCGCCUGGAAAACUUCCGACAUGAAGGGGAUCGACCCCGCAGUUACCUCCCAUGAACUGCACGUCGACCCGACGUUCAAACCCAUCCGACAGAAGCGACGAAAACUCGGUCCAGAACGAUCUAAAGCCGUAAACGAAGAAGUCGACAGGCUCCUCGACGCGGGUUUCAUUACCGAAGUCCGAUACCCCGUAUGCCGCGAAGUACAACGACUAACCGGACGCAUAGCAGCUCUCAACAGGUUCAUCUCGCGAUCAACCGAUAAGUGUCUUCCCUUCUACGAGCUACUAAGGGGCAAUAAGAGGUUCGUCUGGGACGAAAAGUGCGAGGAGGCGUUCAAUCAACUCAAGCAUUACCUCACAACCCCUCCAGUACUAUCGAAGCCAGAAGCCGGCGACACAUUGUCUCUCUACAUAGCCGUCACAUCCUCCGCCGUCAGCAGCGUGCUCAUUCGAGAAGAUCGGGGAGAACAUAAACCAAUCUUUUACACAAGUAAAAGAAUGACCGAGCCGGAGACGGGAUACCCAACACUCAAAAAGAUGGCCUUAGCUGUCGUCACCUCGGCCAGGAAACUGCGACCCUACUUUCAAUCGCACACGAUUGAAGUACUGUCCAACCAACCACUCCGAACGGUUCUGCAGAAUACUAACCAGUCAGGGCGGUUGACUAAAUGGGCGAUGGAGCUGAGCGAACAUGACAUCGUGUACAAAAAUCGCACAGCAGCAAAGUCACAGGUCCUUGCCGACUUCUUGAUCGAGUUAACACCAGAGCUGGAGCAAGACCUCAUCCUACCAAGUGUAAACUGGAUCCUUCACGUCGACGGUUCAUCCACGAGUAAAGGGUCGGGAGCAGGAGUGCAACUGCAAUCACCAACAGGAGAACUCAUCCGGCAGUCAUUCAGUUUUGGUUUUGCUGCGUCAAACAACGAAGCUGAGUACGAAUCCCUCAUCGCAGGGCUCCGUCUCGCCAAGGCAGUGAAAGCCAAAAGAAUCAGCGCUUAUUGCGACUCUCAACUUGUCGUAAGCCAGUACCUCGGCGAUUACGACGUUCCUCGCGGAGAAAAUGUCUGUGCCGACGCCCUCGCUGCUCUAGGAAGCAAGCUACACGAUCAAGUCAAGAGGACAAUCCCAAUCCAUAAAAUCGAGAAACCGAGCAUCGACACGAAGGCGUAG